GGCCCGCCGAGGUCGCCGAGGGGGGGCCCGGCCGCGGCGCCGGCGAGAUCCAGCAAGCGGCGAAAGGCUCGGUGUCCGUCAACAGCCGCAGCACCCCGUUCCUGGCCAGCGGUGACCGCGACAUCCUGGACGUGGGCGCCGAGCUGUACCUGGGGGGGCUCCCCGAGGGUCGGCCCGGUCCCCCCGCGCCCCCCGAGCUCUGGGCAGCGGGGCUGCGCCUCGGCUUCGUGGGCUGCGUGCGGGAUCUGUUCGUGGACGGGCGGAGCCGCGACGUGCGGGCGCUUUUAGGGGCCGGGGGCUCCGGGGGGGCGCCGGGGGUCACCCCGCUGUGUGCGCGGGAGCCCCCCCGGUUGUGCGCCAGCGGUCCGUGCCGGAACGGGGGGACGUGUCGAGAGGGUUGGAACCGCUUCGUGUGCGACUGUCGCGGCACCGGCUACCUGGGGCCGCGCUGCGAGACAGGCAAGGGCCCCGAGACGCUGUUCGCGGGGCAGCGGUUGGAUGACAACGAGUGGCACUCGGUGCGGGUGGCCCGGCGCGGGCGCAGCCUCCAGCUCGCCGUCGACAACGUCACCGUCGAAGGCCAGCUGUCGGGCUCGCACACCCGCCUGGAGUUCCACAACAUCGAGACCGGCAUCGUCACCGAGCGGCGCUUCCUGGCCGUGGUCCCCUCCAACUUCCUGGGCCACCUGAGCGGGCUGCUCUUCAACGGGCUGCCCUACCUGGACCUGUGCCGCGACGGCGACAUCAGCUCCUGCGAGCUCAACGCCCGCUUCGGCCGCCGCGCCAUCGUGGCCGACCCGGUGGCCUUCGGUGGCCGCGGCUCCUACGUGGCGCUGGCCACGCUCCAGGCCUUCGCCUCCUUCCACCUCUUCUUCCAGUUCAAGACCACGGCGCCCGACGGCCUCAUCCUCUUCAACGGCGGCAGCGGCUCYGAUUUCCUGGUGGUCGAGCUGGUCAAAGGGUACAUCCACUACGUGUUCGACCUGGGCGAGGGCCCCUCGCUCAUGAAGGGCAACUCGGAGCAGCCGCUGCACGACGGGCGCUGGCACGAGGUG